AUGAUGUUUGAUUCAUGUGACUUCGUAAGAAAAUUGGCAAUUCGCAGCAUAUUGAAAGAUAGACAACAAACACAUGAAGGUGUUCGAUUUUUUAAGCUACCUAAAAUUAAUUUUGAAGCUGACGAUUACAAUAAUCUUAUUGACUGGCAAAAAUGUACCAUUACAGAGCCGCCGUUGGUAUUAAAACUUUCUGAUAAUUGCUUGCAACAGCUUAUUGCAGAGAAAGAAACAAUUAUCAUUGACUCAUUUCCAUGUCAUACGCAAGCGGUGGAAAGAUGCGUCAAAAUUGUAACAGAGGCGUCGUUGAAAGUUCGUGGUGAAACAUCAAGAGAUGGGUAUAUCAAAGCCAAAUUAGAAGCAAGAAAAAGUUUGAGAAUAAAAGAAAAUACUACAAAACAAUAG